AAUGACGGGAGGUAGCCGUGGGGGGAGAAGGCCGCGCGCACAGACGGAGCUGAUUAGCUACCAGUGUAUUUCUAAGAAUCAAGGUCGUCGAUUACUUCGUAUUACAGGACUGUCCUCUCCCAUCCCCCUUACCCCUUUUGUGUGAGAGAGAGAGCAUGGCUCAGGAGACCAAUCAGACGCAGGUGCCAAUGCUUUGCACUAUGGGCUGUGGUUUCUAUGGUAAUCCUCGCACCAACGGCAUGUGCUCGGUCUGCUACAAGGAACACCUGCAGAGGCAACAGGGAGGGGGGCGAUCCAGCCCUCCAGGUGAAAAAGCCGCUACGUCUCCGGUGGGGUCUCCGGGAACUUCAGGUGUGUCUGUGGAGAACAUUCCAGCACCUGCCACAGAAGGGCCAGCUCAGCCUGAAGAAAGGACAUCUAGUAGUUCGCCCAGCCCAGUAACCCAACAGAUGACCGCCAUGAGCAUCUCCCAGGACACUGCUGCCACUGAUUCGGACCGAGCCGACGUGGAAGAGGAAGAGGAUGAGGGCUCAUCUAAAUCGUCAGGACCCGUUGGAGAAGCAGCGCAGGCUUCGUCUGAUGGGGAACAGACACCUGACAAAAACAAGAAGAAGAACCGCUGCUUUACCUGCCGGAAAAAAGUUGGUCUCACAGGCUUUGACUGUCGCUGUGGCAACCUGUUCUGCGCCAUCCACCGCUACUCUGACAAACACGACUGUCCCUACGACUACCGAGGUGCUGCGGCCGCCCGCAUCCGCAAGGAGAACCCCAUCGUGGUGGCCGAGAAGAUCCAAAAGUUAUGAGGACUGAGAGACGUAGCGAAAAGAUCGAAAUGAAAACAAACGAAACGUUUGACCUGCAAGUUUGGAGCAAUGGCGGCACAGAUAAUACCUGAUAAAAUGGCUUCAUUUAUUCAUGGUAGGAUAUAAGGUGGGUGGGCUUUGCAGUGUUACAGCCCAGGUCCAGCCCUUCCCCACACCGCUCUCUCCCUUUCUCUCCUGGAGUGAAGGCGUGAGUGACUGAACAUUUUGUGUGUGUAUGAGUGUGUGUGUGUGUGUGUGUGUUUGCUUGAGAGUCAGGGGGAGCACAGUCGGGUUUGGUGGACAGUAGUCUGCUUCGGGGAGGGAAGACAUUUAGAUUUUACCCUUUUUUUCCCUUUUUUUUUAUUCUGGGAUGCCAGUUGAUUUUCAUGUUAUCCCUCGACAGUAGAUGUAAGAGACUGGGAUCCACGCAUGGACAGAGACUCGGGAGUUGGGUUUGGGUCAAGAAUACGUGCUAGGGGGGGGUUGUGACAGGCCAGCAGGAGCUUGCUAAGAUAGAGCCAGGCUUUACCACGGUGUUUGCACUCGCAAGAACUCUCAAACAAGAAGCCUAUAUCCAGCAACUGUCACGUCAACUCCCUCCCCAUCUCUCCUUUUUUUUUGCUUUCUCUUUUCGUUUAUUUAGUGAAUUAUUCAUUACCAUGUCGGAUAUCCCCAGCCUUUGCAUUUACAAAAACUGUUUGUCUUUGAUAUAUUGACUUAUCAUACAUCAUACUAAUUUGGGGGGCAUGGACAGUUAUUGGAGGGAGGGAGGGGGGGGGAGGGGAGGGUUGUUGUGAGAGAGAGAGAGAGAGAGAGAGAGCCUUGACAUAAAUGAGUGAGUGAGUUCAGGUUAUUUUUGCUCUUCCCCUACCUUUCUGUUUUAAUGAGCGUAUGACUUCAGAAGAUCUAUAUUAAUAUAUUGUAGUUAGCUUGAAUUGUGUGAUUGCAUUCUAUUUAUUUUUUUAUUAUCAUUUGGCUGGUUGGCUGGAGGAUUGGCAGCAUGUGUCAGGAAAAAAAGAAGAGAUUUGUUCUUAGUCUUUCAAUUAUAUUCAACCAUUUCCAUCUGAUUAUGUAACCAUUUGAAGAAAUAUACAUACAUAUAUAUGUGUUUAUUAUAUAUAUAUAUAUAUAUAUAUAUAUAUAUACAUACAUACAAAUUCUAUUAUGUGAUUAUGAGUAGAAGGACCUGUUAAUAUUUUCAACAAAUAUAAGGAGCCUGGACAGAAGUAGACACUAGAUCCCAGAUCAAAGCACAAAGGAAUACAAUGUUUCAGUUUCUUGAGCACAACAGCAGUAUAAAAGUGCGGAAAUUGAAGCAUUCAGUCAAAACCUGAUCUAACAAGUACGGAGGAGCUAGCGGGCUGUGUGUUACUUGUGGCAGUGGAUAUGUAGCCUGCAGCAGAUGCAUUGCGCUGCUCCUGUUAAAGCGCUACCUGCAGAAGCAUGGAACUAAGGGACAACUACAGCAUCUUUAAUCUUUCAUGUUUGAUUUUCACCAGCAGACCAAUGAAUGAUAACCGACUCACAAUUCGUUUUAAGUGUGAUUCUGCUUCGAUUCUAGCCAUGACUGUAUAUGUGUCUCUUUCAACAGUUCUACUGUACUCUGUGCUUUAACAAGGUUUUUAAGGAAAAUGCAUCCACUUCCAGGUAGUGUAAAGAGAAAAAAAAACAGACUACAGAGUUGCAUGCCAAUGCAGACUCAGCUGUGUUUGAUCCUGUUAACCCAGAUUGCGGCUAAUGUUGGACUGCGUCUGACCUGGAUCAGGGCCAGAUUCGGCCCAUUGCUGGCUGCUGCCUUGGAAGGAGCCCCUUGCUUGACUGUGCGCCAUUACAAACACACAAUCGAGAAUGUAAAAGAUGAGCAUACUGCAUUCAGUUCAAGUGCAUGGAGCUGACUCACCCGAACAAGGCCAAAUUAAUGAGACUGCUAUGCUCUCCAAUGUAAAUACCAUCUGGCUACUAUUCAUUUAGUUUAUAGUAUCCUAAUGUAGAAUGUUAUAUGGUAAUAUUGGGGGUGGGGGGGGGGGGUCAAUGAUCUGAAAAACAUUAAUGUGUGUGAGUGUAUAGUGUUUAUCAAAUGAUCCAUAAGAGAGGAGAGUGGUCCAGUGGUUUCCUUUUUUCUAUAUAUUUCUUUCCUCCCAGGUUAUGACCGUGUCCUGUUUCUGUGGGGUAAGGUUUUUCUUUUUUUUUUUUCUUUUUUUUUUUCAAAGGGCUGGGAUUGGAAAUGGGUGGGUGUUUGUCUUUUUAACAUUGUCUUGCGAGGCUGUGACUUCUGAUGUGCACAUUUUCAAUGACUCAUCCAUCAAGAUCCGUCUAAGACUAACAACAUUCAUUCUGUUCCAGAGGAGUUCGCCAGAAUUGGUUAAUCACUGUGCUAUUAGUCAGAGAGCAUAUUUAGACAAAAAAUAGCCUGAGAAGUAUCGAGAGAGAAGCAGAGAACGUGACCUUUAUUUUCCAGUACUUGUCUAGCAAUUGUGUGUGGCAGGACAUUUACCUCAGUGCAACCAAUUUGCUCAGAUAAUGGAGGCAGAACGGACAAAGCCAGAGUGAACCAUAAUAAUGUCAUUUCGUUUGAUGGUUUGAGGUCCAUCUGACGUAGUCUAAACCAAAUGACAUUUUAUGGAAACGGGAAAUGGCAAAGACUUAUUUUAAGACUGAUCUUUGAUUGGGGUGUUAUCCUCAGUCGCGUCUGCCAGCUAAAAAAAAAAAGACUUCGUGCGCGGCAGGACUAAAUGGUUUAGUGACUUGGCAUGGAAGCGAUGAGGUUGCCCAUGUCUGCCCUAGGCAAAGACAGUAUAACAAGGGAUCAGGACCCCCCCCCCCCCAACCUUCAUAUCAACUUAGACUUUAGACUCUCCUCUAGUUGACAAGUUAAGGAGAGUGUGGAAGAAGGCCAAUAACUUUCAGUGCUGUUGCUCACUUUGCCUUGCCUUUUAAAAAGAGGCAUACAUCCUGAUCUUAGAAUAGAAGUUGCAGUCCAGAAAAGUAUGACGUGCUUUCAGUGUUUUGGUUUUGGGUGGUAUUGUUCUAACAGGGACUAAUGUCUUCGAUGUCAUAUGAUUCGCCCCGCUGGCAUGCGUUUUCUAGGGAGAGGGCUGCACAGGGGUAAUGUGAAUGUAGCCAGAGGCGCUGUACAAGUUCAUGCUAAGCUAUCUUUAACUGUGGAAUUGACCACGUCUAGCCCCUGUGGUAGGCGGGCGAGUGGGCAAACAGCCACUAUCCUUAGCAUUUCAUGCGGCCUUCUGUUCUUGUAGUGUUUGCCUAAUUACAUGGUUUGUCCGUCUCGUCUGAUAGCCACCCGCUUUGCCAGACAGUUUUUUUUUUUUUUUUUUUUUAAAUCUGUCCUAGAUAUGCAUUCAUACCUCUGUAUUACUUUAAAUUCCACCAGAGCUGUAGAGCUACAGAAGCCAUCAUAAGAUAUAUAUAUAUAUAUAUAUAUUGCAUUGCGCACACAUACAUAUAUACAUAUAUACCAUAACCAAGGCACAUUUCAGUCUUGCUUUCUCUCUGUACAUCAAAAUAAUUUAUGACUGAUUGUGAUUGAGUCUGAGUGAAAUGACCUGUCCAGCAGAGAAUAUAAAAAGGCCCUGAGUGACCAGUUCCUACACACCAGUCCCCAGACACACCAGUCCCCAGACACACCUCCAGUUAUCUUCUCUUUUUUUUUUUUUUUCAAACUUAGGAUUGUAUGAUGUGCAAGAAUAAGCAUAAAACAAUAAAAUCACAAAGUUUAUUUUAAAUUUAAAA